UGCUGCUACUCUGCAAGGAACCAAGUGUUGAUUACAAUGUGCCUAAAAGAAUUAGUACAAAUCACGGUAGUACUCUGCUUAAUCCUGGUCGUCAUAACCGGUCAGGAAUAUGUGACAGUAGACACAGAAGAAGGCACUGUGAGGGGUCUGAUUUCGCAAACAUAUACAGGCAAAACGAUAUACAGGUUUGAAGGAAUACCUUAUGCGGAAGCACCUGUUGGUGAUCUUCGAUUCCAGCCGCCAGUAACAAAAACCGCGUGGUCAGGCGUUCUGGACGCCGUCCAGAAGCCGCCAAAAUGUCCACAGUAUGGAACUGGCGACGAGGACUGCCUCUACCUCAAUGUCUUCGGCCCCGAGAGGCCGUCAGAGAACGGGACGCUUAAAACUGUCAUGGUGUGGAUCCACGGUGGGUGCUUCACUGGAGGAACUGGCAGCGACGCCAUACCGGAGUACUUUGUGGACCAGGACGUGGUCUUCGUGAACAUAAAUUAUCGCCUGGGAUUGCUUGGUUUCCUUAGCACAGGCGACGAUGUUGUGCCCGGAAAUAUGGGUCUUAAGGACCAGAUGGAGGCACUGCGAUGGGUACAGAGGAACAUAGCAGCGUUUGGUGGCGAUCCCCAGCGUGGCGAGAGUGCAGGGGGAGCGUCGAUUCAUUACCACAUACUGUCUCCUCUGAGCAAAGGCCUGUUCCAGAAAGCCAUAGCGAUGAGUGGCACAGCACUGAGCCCGUGGGCGUUCUCCAGGAAUGCCACGGACAGGGCGCUCCGGUUCGCCAGACACCUCGGCUACACAGGGACGGACUCAGCCGACCUGGUCAACUUCCUCAAGACUGUGGACGCCUACACCCUUGUGGAUGACAUGGGCAGCGCUCUCUCGGAAGAGGACAGCGUGAGUCUGUUCACCUGCAUCUGGGCGCCCAGCAUUGAACCGCAGAGCGAGUCAGCGGUGCUGACUGAAGAGCCGUGGACGCUGGUGGCCGAGGGUCGCUACACUUACGUCCCUUUCAUGGCGGGAAGCUGCGACCUUGAGUCGCUUAUAUCAACACAAAGCGGAGGAACACUGUCUACAGAAGAGCAAGUGAGCAACCUGAACGCAAACUUUGAGGAAAUUGUUGCCUGUGACAUACGACUACCGACGAGGGAAGAACAGUUGGCUGCCGCUCGUUCCGUCAAAGAAUUCUACUACAACGGCAGCGACAUCACCUUGCAGGAGAACUACACCACAGCUCUGUUCUCUUCACACCUUUUCUUCGUGGAAGGGGUGGACACAGUUACCAGAAGCAUGGCCCGCUAUUCCUCGGAGCCGGUGUUUUACUACGAGUUUGCAUUCAACGGCGCUCUCAGCCAGUAUCCUGGAGGUCCAGGGGCGUCUCAUGGUGAUGAUACACUGUACCUGUUUCCAGCAUCGCAACCCGAUCCAAAAUCGGAUAGUGCUCUUAUCAGAGACCAGAUGACAGCUAUGUUUGCCAAUUUCGCUAAAUACAAUAAUCCUACCCCUGAGUUGGACUCCCUGGUGACGGAGGCGUGGCCAGAGUACGACGAGUCCUCACGCAGCUACCUGGUGCUGGCGGAGCCUCUGAGAACGGCCAGCGACAUGUUUGGCCCCUACAUGACCUUCUGGCAUGACUUGCUGCCUUAGCUAAUAAUCCUUCAACCAACCAAGCGUGCAAAAUGAUACGCUGUCACUUGUCAGUACAUAAUAGUGACACAAUUGCUGUUUUUUAUUUUCUAAUAUAUUUCUAUGACCUUCCGUUGUGCACACAGAUAGCAGCAAUAACCAUUUUGAGUAUAACACGAGUAUACACUUAUUUUAAUAAACGGACAGUAAGAGAAAAACUAGUGUAUUAUGAAAUUACCAGUGAA